GCGGCGCCGGCGCCGGCGCCGACGGCGGCGGCGUUGAUAGGGGACGGUCGAUGGACGGGAGAAGGAAAAACAGCGUCGACGUCGUCGUCGACAGGGGGAGAUCGAUGGACGGCCGCGGUAAAGACAGCAGCGGUUGCAACGAAGUCAGGGGCGGUGACCAACUUGGCAACCGGCUGAACUUGAACAGGACGAGUGACUACAUGUUCGAGAGACGCAACAGCACGAGCAGAAUCUCGGCACGCAGCGAGAGCAGGAACCUGAUCGUGACGAACGGCGGCGGCGGCGGCGGACCGCGGAACGCCGCGUCCAGCGGCUACGCCACGUGGGCCACGGCGGGCACGGCCGCGAUAAGAACGUCGGCCAGCGCGGGUGACCAGAGGAACAUGGCCAGCGGUGCGGUCACGUCGGCCACGGCGUCGGCCACGGCGUCGGCCACGGCGUCGUCGUGGAGCAGGAGGGACUCGGACGAAACGACGGGACCGGCGCGGCGGAGAUGCAGCCGCGAGCGCAGCCGCGAGCGCGGCCGCACCGCCGCCCCGCGGAGGAAGCGACGCAGCGCCACGGUGGAGGGGGCCCCGCGGCACGCCGAGGACGACGAAGCGGCACGGCCCGUCGGCCGAGAGGCGCGGGGGGAGGGGUCGACGGCGGCCACGGCUACGGCGACGGCGGCGGCGACGGCGGCGGAGAAGCAGUGGUGGUGGCGGCGGGCGGCGGCCGACGCGACGGAGACAUGGGGGGUCGACACGCUGCUGCCCGACCCCGAGAGGUGGCGCCGGCACGGGUGGUGGCGCGGCGGGCCGAACGAUGUCCAAAGCGAGCGGCACGGCGAUGACAGCAGCGAGGGCGACAGCGACGACGAUGGCGGCAGAGUCGGCAAUGAACAAUACGUGUACGCUGCCAAACGGAGGCCGUCCACCAGAAUUGAGAAUUUGUAAAGAUGGCAACAACAACAACAACAACAAAAAACAACGCGUGUACAGAGUUGAGUGUGCUGGCUUGUGUGGGUGCGAUGUCAGGGGGCGGGGUCAGGAUUUGCACAUGAAACUCCCACGGUUCAUUCGCUGCAAGUAUGUUUUGUUUGAACACGUUUAAAUACGCAAAGGAAGCGAGGCUGCGUGCAUUCACCUCGCGUAACGACAGGGGUUACGUUACAGUGACCCUGUGGUUUGAUGUCAAAGCCUGGUUCAGAUGAAGUCGAAUGGUGCCAUAUUUCUGGACCGUUGCUUUUUCCAAAUGUUAUGCAAAAUCCUUUUAAAUUGCACACAACCCGCCUCACUUGUGUCGCUUUUGUUUUCACACUAAAUGGAACCAGGCAGAAAUGUAGGCGAGGUAAUAUUGCCUGCUCAGCGCAUCAAACUAAAACAGUGUUAAGGUAUUUAGGAUAAUCAAGUUUACACGAGGAAAUGUGUCAAAAAGAAAUAAGUUGGGCAUGUUAUUUACCUUAAAUAAUAUUUACUCAUCCAGUUGUCUAAUUAAAACUCUCCACGACUUCAUCCAAUCACUACUAUACUGUUGCUAGUACUCUACAACAACAAAAGUUUUGUAUCCCCUUAUUUUUUCCAUUUUUUUUCCAAUAUAACGUAGCAACAAGGCUUUGAACAUGUUUUUAAAGUGGCACAGCAGAACGUUUGCGACACAGCAUGACAAAGAAACAACGUGCACGCAAUGAAUGCAUGCGGUUUUUUAUUCCCCUGCUUGCAAACGGGAUGGCAUCUUAAUCCAACAAAUAGGAAUUCCUGCAGUCA